GUUCUUUUCUGCUCCUUUCUUCUCUGCUUCCCCUCUUCUUUCCUUAUCUCACUGACGAUCAAAUGGCACGCAAGAAGGUCAGACGAGGAGAGGGCUCGUCUGCGGUAGACCUUGGUAAUGGUGAUGUCGAGAGUCUGCGACCAAGAGUUGGCCCACUGGAAGAGGAAGGAAAAGAAGAAGAAGAACAAGACCAAGCCAAACCAGAAGCAUCCUCCCUUAAAAAGACAGUCAAGCCUAGGCGCAGCCAUGUUCAGUUUAUCAAGCUGCGCUUCUGCCAUGUCCUGAUAGCAACAGGCCUCCUCGGGCUCACUGCGAGUCUGGCUCUGUCUCUGUGGUGGUCCUUCAUCCACAAUGAUGUCUCUGGUGGGUUUGCCAUUGGAUCCUAUGUUAUUGCAGCUGUGAGCUUCCUGGUUGCGAUUCCCGGCUAUCGACACAGCAUGACCUGCACCUGUUGGACCAAGGAUGACGCCAAUCUGGAUACCUCGUGAAGCUGGGCCGCUUGUGGUUUCUUCUUCCUAGCCACUCAAUUUGUGGGGAGUUCUGGCAUCAAUUUUGAGUCGAGAAAAAGUCAUCACUUCUCCAGAGCUCCAGCUUUGAUAUCUUCAGGUCCUUCCAAGAUUGUGCAUGUCGCCCUCAAAGCGCGCAUGUCAAGUCAAUCUGAAGAAGAUUAGUGCACACUCGACAAAAUCUAUAC